AUGGCACAGGCUGCGAGCUCUACGGCGAGCUUAAGUGCUAGCGCUGCUCCAAGCCCUACCAUUAGAGAAAUGAGCUCUUCAUUCGCUCGAUCGUUAAAUGAAAAUUCUUCACUGAUCCGGCAAUCACUGGAGCGCUUACGAAACUUUUCCGGUAAUCCAAUAGACGACGAUGCAAACAUCAUCAAGGCAUUCAAGUACUUGAAAGAUAAAACUCACCAUGAUGCAGAAAGCGAUGAUGGUGCUUCGCUUGUUUCAUUAAUUACUGCUACAUUAAUUAUUCCAUGUUAUCAAUUCUAUUCAAUACAUGAUAAAUUUUCGGUACAUUUUUUCCAAUUAUUCGAAUUAAUAUUAUCACAUUCUUCAGUCUCAAACAAUGAAAACUUUCGAUUUUCCAUUGCCGUAUUUAUUUCACGUACGAAUGUUUAUCGAUCGAAUUCGAUUCUUACUCGAAUUGACAAGUGGACAAUUCCAAUAUGGCUCGGAGAACCAAUCAGUUCAAAUUCAACAGCAAAUAAAAUGCGUUUUGAAUCUGGAAAACAGUUUCCAUUCACACCAGAUUCACCAGGAUGCACCAUAUUGUGUGAUAACACCAAGUAUCCAAUUGAUAUCACCAAUCAAUUUGACUCAUUUAUUGAAAAAGCCAGUAAGCGUCAAGAUACAAAUGCUGAUGAAUUAACUGCUCUUGAAAGCAUUUUAAAUCAGUUAUUUCGUUGUCAAUUUAUACUCCAAUCAUUUUUGAAUGCAGAUCAAUGCUUAUCAUCGAUGUUAUCAUUUGCAGUUCAACGUCUGCGCAUAGUAGACGUUCGAUUAACAUAUGAGACCAGCACACAAGCUCAUAUACAAUUAGCAUCAAUUAAAAAUCAAAUGUUAAAUAAAUUCGACUAUUUACCAGAUUCAGGUAAUGGUGAAUUUAAACUUAUUCAAAGUGAAUGUAGAGUUCGAUGGACAGAUGGUAAAGAAUUCAUCUAUCCAGCAAAUACGAUUCACCCACGACCAUCAUUUUUAUUACCAAUAUCAAAAUUAUUACAAUAUGCAUAUGUUCAACAGCAAGAUAAUGAUGAUACAGAAACGAAAGGACUUUGGAAUUUACUAUUACAAACAAUUUAUCAAACAUUUACAGGAUAUUUGGAAGCUUCAACAUCUAAUCUUGAUGUAGCAAAUGGCAAUGUAAAAGAUUUUUUUGUCUAUUUUUUGACUCGUGAAGACGAACAGAUACGAGAGACAGGAACAAAACUCAUUACAACAUUUAUCAAGGAAUUCUCUAUUUCAACGGAUGAAAGCCUUAAACCGUUAUUAUCAUGUUCAAUUAUUGGAAAAAUUUUUCAAUCUAUGAUCGAUAAUGAAAAAUAUUCAAUUAAGGAAAGUUUAUUUAAUGAAUAUCUGCAGCCAUUAUCGAAUUGGUCACCUGAUGAUUUAUGUUCAUUAUUGACAGCAUUAACUAUGAACUUAAGUGAAAUUUCAUCAUUACAAAAUGAAAAUCUCGAUUAUCGUCAUGUAUGGUUCCAAUUCUUUGUUAAUUUAAUGAAUUUUAAUCUUGAUCGGUUGACAUCGUCAAUAAUAAAGAUGAAUCCAAAUUUUAUCGAAUUUUGUCGACAAAUUCAAACAUCAUUAUUUACACAAUUAUUUCAACCAACAAUAGAAAAUUCAUUUCAAAUUUUAAAAUUUAUGAUUAAAAAUGGUAAAAAAGACUGGAUUAAAAUUGUAUUAGAAAUUGUCGAUCAACAAACGAAGGAUAAUUACGUACAAGAAAAUAUGCAUGAGUUAUUGAAAGACUGUCGUCUAUAUGCAUUUGAUAACUGGAAAGUAGCCUCAAGCUUUGAUCUUUUACUUUCAUUGAUAAAAUCUAAUACAGAUAAAAAUCCACUACUUCUUUUUGAAUUUCUCUUACUCUUAGAAAAAUUAUUUGAUGGGCAAUUAAAGCUGAAAAAAUUUAAUAUUUCAACAACAAUUCAGCCGAUUAUUCACAUUCUUCAUCUGGUGUUUUCAAAUCAAAACAAUGACCAACAACUUGUUUGGAAUUUUACAUUUCGUCGUGGUAUAUUAUCAUGCACAACAUCAAUUAUUCUUUAUUUGAUUGAUCAAAUCAACAUGCAAACAUUAACCAUCAAUACAGAUGAUUUGCAACGAAUUAUUCAAUCUACAAUAUUACUUCCCGUCGAGUAUAGACAAAUGUCACGAUUAUUCAAUUUUGCACUUCGAUCAAAACAACAAGUUUUAAUUAAGUAUUGGUUCAAACAAUUAUUAACGCUGACAUUAUUAACAAAUGAUAAUUUAAAUGAUGAAGAAAUCCUUAAAUAUACUUCAUCCAAUGAUGAGCAAUCAUCAUUUUGUUUACAACCAUCAACUAUAAUGAAACUUAUUGGCAUGUACACUUAUGAACUUAUUGAAUUAUUACAUGAAAAAUUCGAUCAUGCCACGAAUUUAAUUUCAUCAUCAACAUUUACUUUUCUUUCAACGUGCAUUCAACAAUCUUUACCUAUUUGUAUUCAAUGUCUAUUACAUAAAAAUUCUCAUAUACGUGUAUCAAUUGCUCGUUUAGUUGGUCGUGCAUUAAAUAUGCAAUCAGAUGAUCUUAUAAAACUUUUACAAAGUUUGCAAGAUUCAAAUAGUGAAAAUAUCAAUAUGACAACUGUAACACCGUUAAAUCUAUUUAAUGAUCAACAACGGUCAAUUACACAAAUGCAAACUGUGCCAGUACACCUUUUAGAACGUGAGAAAAGACGUUCGAAAUCUCAAAUACCUUUUCGUACGAUAAAACGAUUGGAUUUUGAAACAUUAUCUCAGCAUUUAAAAUCAUUAACUAAUUUUGAUGAUAGUUCAAAAACUGACACAACUAAUUUAGAUACAGUAAGAAAUUUAAUUGGGGAAUGUCCAGAUGAAUUUCGUCAUUUAAUACCAAGUCGUCGUCAAUUACCAUCACUUGUACAAACAAAAACUAUGCUUAAUAAUCGUCAACGUAUUAUUGAAUGUAUACGAACACCUAUUCAUUUAUUAUUACAAGGUGAAACCGGUGUAGGAAAGAGUAGUCUUAUACUUGAUGUUGCUGCUGAUCUUCAGAAACCAUUAAUUCGUUUCAAUCUUUCAUCAAAAACUGAUAUUGGUGGUUUAUUUGGUUCAGUUAAAUUGAAAACAGUCAAAAGUGCAAACGAUCAACAACAAGAAAUUGAAUUAGAUUAUGAAGAAGGUCCAUUUACCACAGCUUAUCGUAAUGGCCAUUGGCUUUUAUUGGAUGAAAUGAAUUUAGCACCACCAAAUGUUCUUCAAGCAAUUGAACAAGCAUUGGAAUCCGGUGUAUUGACAAUACCAAAUAUUGAAGAUGAGGAUAAUGCUGAAGAACAACAAAAUGAAGCAAAACAGAAUUGUCGUGUCUAUCAAAUACAUCCAGAAUUUCGUCUUUUUGCAACACAAAAUCCAUCAGCAGGCAAAUAUAAAGACGCACGUGAUACACAAUCAACAGCUCUAUUAAAUCGUUUCAGUAUUUUUAUUGUUGAAGGACCACAAAAUAAUGAACUAGUCGAUAUUGUUACAAAUAAAUUAAAAAAUGAAAAAUUUCCUUUUUCAACUCAAACUACACAAAUGGUAGAUUUACAUUUGAAAAUCAUGGAAAUCACUAAAGAAAAUGAUUUCAAAGAACGAAAUAGAAACUAUUCUGAAAUAACCAUACGUGAACUUUUCCGUUGGUGUCAAAGUUUAUGUGAUUAUGAAAAGAUGUUGAUUAAAUGUUCACAAACAGUUAGUAAACUUGCUGCUGAUAUAUUCAAUCAAAUUCUUACUGAACAAGCGUAUGCUAUUUAUGGCUUACGAUUUCGCGAAGAACAGAGUCAAAGUCAAAUUAAAACAAUUAUUGAAAAUCUCUUUCGUGUCAGCCCAAUACCAUCACCGCAAUUAUCGGUUGAAUAUCGUCCGAGUAACAAUGCUGUUGCAUUUCUAUCCAAACAACGUUUAUUAUUACAAAUGCCAAUAGUUUCUCUCGAUCGUGUUCUUAACGAUUGGCCAUCACAUAUUAGGAAACCGAGUAAUAAUCAAGAAAUUACGAAAAUGAUUAAAAUUCACAAUCAUUUCUUUAAAUAUUUUCACAAUGAACAUAUAACACAGAUUUAUGAUUGCUCUUAUACAUUAUUCUGGUCAAUGAUAGAAAGAAGACAUUCUCAAAAUUUGACUCUAGCUGAAAUAGUUGUUGAAACGUAUACAAGUCUAUGUCGAGAUGAAAAACAGCGAAUGGAAAUCAUCAAAUAUAUUGCUGCAGAAUUUAGUGAACCUGAAACAUAUCUUUCAAAAUCUGCUUCAUCACUUUCAUCUGCUCAUUCGUCAUUUUAUCUCGACAAUGAAGCUAAUCGUAUUGCACAAUUUAUUUUAGCAGCAUCACCAUCACAACCAAUUCUAAUUGUCGGUCCAGAAGGAUGCGGUAAAAGUCAUUUUGUUCAAGCAAUAGCUACAUUAACAAAUGUCCGCUGCCAGCAUUUAUAUUUAACACCACAAACCGAACCAGCAGCUCUUGUCGGCUCUCUCGUACCACAUCCAAAAUUACCACAUUGGCAUGAUGGUGCUGUAAGCGAAGCGAUUACUAAAGGGUAUUGGCUUAUUCUUGAAAACUUUUCUGAAGCAUCAUCAGCUGUUCUUGAACGUUUAAAUCCUGUUCUUGAACAACCACCUCAAUGGGUUAAAGUAGAAAAUAAUGAAACAGAACCUGUAUCAGUCAAUCCUAAUUUUCGCAUUAUUGCUACAAUGUCUCCACCAACUGGUCGAUUACAAAAUGCUUCAAUCGAAACAAAUCAUGAGCUUUCACCUGCUUUAUAUAAUCGAUUUUUAAUUAUUUAUUAUCAAGGUUUAAAAUUAUCAUCGUUAGAUGUCUAUAAAAAUAUGUUUAAAUCAUAUUUUCCAACGAAUGAAAAACAACUCAUUAAUUCUGUUUGUGAGAAACUUCAUUCGGAACCAUUAACACCAAGACAAUUAGUUCAAUUUAUUGAUUGUGCAUUUAAAUUACAACAUUCAAAAAUUAUAACAGAACGAAGAAUAGAUUUACCAUCUGUUUUACUUUCAGCUUUUGAACUUGUUUUUAAUAGUGAUCCAACAAAAGCACAGAUAUCAUCUGUUAAAUCAUAUUUGAAAAAAGAAGCAAAACAUGGUUCUAUUGAUUUCUUUGAUCUUUCAGUUCCGGACAGAGUACGUGAAAAACAUCGUGAACAUAUUAUUGAUCCUGAUAAAACACCGACACGUCAUGAUGCAGCAAAACGUCUAUGUGCAUCUGUUAUUUGUUCACGUCCUGUUCUUCUUGAAGGCCCUGCUGCAACAGGUAAAACAAGUUUAAUUGAAUAUCUGGCACAAUGUGAUAAUAAAAUUCUAUAUCGAGUUAAUAAUACAAAAGGUACAACCAUACAAGAUUAUUUUGGUUCAUAUAUGCAAAAUGGUGAAUUUCUAAAUGGAGCAUUAUCUCGUGCCAUGCUUGAUGGAGAUUGGUUUGCUGCCGAUGAAUUUGAUUUAGCUGAACCAGCUGUAAUGAAUGUUUUGUAUCCAAUUUUGGAAGGUCAACAAUGUCUUACUGUACCAAACACUGGUCAAACAUUAAUGGCACGCGAUGGAUUUCGUUUUUUUGCAACACAAAAUGGCACGAGUUAUGUCGGACGAAAACAAUUACCAAAAACAUUGCGUUCACGAUUUUUAGAAAUACAAUUUCAUUCAUUUACUGAAGACGAACUUAAAUAUAUAAUUAUCCAACGAAAAUCAACAUCAACUGUAUCAAAAGCAUCGGCAAAAUUCGAUGAUGAUUUGGAAAAAGUCGCGCCAAAAAUAGCAUCAAUGGUUACAAAUUUGAACAAAGAGAUCGAUGAGAAACAACAACCACUUUUAGGUGCACCAAAACUUGGUUUAACAAUGCGUGAAGUCAUUAAAUGGAUUAAUCGAAAACAACGAAAAACUGAUGUCGAUUGGGAUGAACAUGCAUUGAGAUUAUUAGAAUCACGUGUACCAAAAAAACUCAAUGAUGCGUUUAUUAGAUGUCUAAAAAUAUCAUUUCCAGAUUUAAUCGAGCAAGUAUCUCAUGUUAAAAUCGAGGGUAACCAAAUAUCACUUACUCGUCCACUUUGUUUACCAAUAUCAUAUAAAUUUGCUAAUUUCGACGCAGCAAUCAAUUUACAAUUAUCGUCUGCAACAGCGUCACAAAAUUUGUUGCUCUCACUUUGGCGUGUAUUUGCCGCUGCCGAACAACAUGAGCCAAUUCUUUUACUUGGACCAACUUGUUAUAAAACCGAAUUGAUCAAAAUCUGGUCAAAAUUAAUGGCAAAAGAAUCCGAACUCUGUAUAAUUACUUGUUCAACAUCAACCGAAACAAACGACCUCAUCGGAUCGAUUAGACCAUAUACAACUGCUGAUGCUUUGAGUUUAUUAUUGAACUGCUUGAAUCAACUUUAUGAGCGUGCGAAAAAGAAUCUAUCGAAAAAUGCUUCUGCAAUAGAUUUUAACGAAUUUACCGAAUUUCGUACAAAUUGUGAUGCAUUUGCUGAUGAUAUUGAUAAAUUUAUUAGUCAAAUCAAAAAACAACAAGAGAAAAAGACAGUUCGAAAACAUCAAACAACAAAAAAUAGUGAACAACCAUCUGAACCAAUUGUUACAUCGGAAGAUAUCAACGUCAAUCCAGAGUCAAGUCAAAACAAUGAUUUCACACCUCUGCCAAUAUGUAAUUUACCUCCACAGUCGACGGCAACAACAGAUCAAUUCAAUAGUAUAAAAAAAUACUCCACUGACGAUGACGAUGAAUAUUUUGAAAAAAUUUAUUCCACUAAACACGUAGUCGACAUGAUGGCGAAUGAUCAAGACGACGUUGAUCCAUUCACAGUAAUAGACAAUGAUCAAACUGAUGUUGAUCCAUUUACAGUAGUUCACAAUCAUUCCGAAGAAGAGGAGAUUGAUCCUUUCAGUGCUUCUGCAGCCGUUCUAAUAAAACCAGAAGAAGAUGAUGAAAUUGAUCCAUUCAGCACAGGUCAACCAUCACAACUUUCAGAUGAUGAAAAACUUUUAGAGUUUUUUAUGGGAGCACAAUCGGAUGAUCAAUCAACGGCGCAUUUUUUGCCUUCUUCAUUUGAUAUGAAAGCCAAUUCUAUUGCUGAAGCGUUUCAAUCAAUUAAAACUCGACUUGAAAUAAUUACUGCAGGUCUUGAUGACAUAUGUCGCAUUGGAUCAAAUGAAAAUGGUGUUCUUCUACUGAAAGUUCGUUGUGAAAGUAUAAUUAUUGAAAUUGAGCGAGCAAUUGAACAAGGCAAAUCAAAUAUUUUCUUAUUUCAAGAUGGACCAGUUACAAGUGCUGUUAAAGAGGGGAAAAUAUUAGUUUUAGAAGAUAUUAAUGAACCAUCUCAAGCUGUUAUCGAACGUUUAAAUAGUUUAUUCGAAACUGAACCAUCAUUUAUUCUCUAUGAAGAUUUUACUGCUCGAGAAUCCAAAACAACAAAGAUCAAUCCACAGCGCGCAAAAAUUCCAAUCUUGCCAACAUUUCAAGUAUUUGCUACGGUACAUACCGAUGAAAAAACAGAAAACCGUUUACAACUGAGUGCAGCAACACGUUCAAGGAUGACAGAAAUACGUGUUCAACCAUAUGAUAGCAAUGAACUCAAACAAUUAGCAAUGAAAUCAGCAGUGAAUACAAUUGCUGAUAAACAUAUUGAAAAUCAAAUGGCUCAAAUUGUUAAUACUUUAGCUGACGAUCUUGCAACAAAACUUGCUCAAGCAAUGAAAAUUGACUCGUUAGAUUCACGUCACUUUGUUCGAUUUGGUGAAUGUUUACGUUUACAUCUUGAACAUAUGCCAAUCGAACAAGCAGCUGCUAUUUGUGUUAAAUUUUUAUUUCUUGAUAGAAUUAUUGAACCAAAAAAAUCAACGACUUCAAAAGAGCAUUCAUCGAAUUCCAUAUGGCAAAAAGUACUUGCUGCAUUUAAAUUGAAAAAGAAUUUUGUGCCACCAGAUGAAAAAGAUAGUGCUGCACGUGAAGAAAAAGAUUCUAUUACAACUGAUGAAAAUCUUGAAAAGAUAGGCGUUUAUAAAGACCUAAGUCAAUGGUGUACAGUCGAAGAAAUGCUAAUAGUCGACACAGAAACAAAACAAUUACGAGCACAUUGGGGUUUACGGUUGAAGUCAAAUAAUUUAAUAGCACCAUUUGCGCCACAAAUACAAUCCCGUCCGGAAAAUCUUCGUUUCCCUCUUGCUCUGACAAAAUCAGUUUUAGAUAAUAUAUCACGAAUUAUAUUUUCAUUACAUUCAUCCAAUCGACAAUUACUUGCUGGUCCACCAGGUGUUGGUAAAACAAAGAUUAUCGAAGUUUUAGCUAAAAUGUUAGGUUACGAGGUUGUUCGUAUUAAUUUUAGUAGUAAUACAGCAUUUGAAGAUCUUAUUGGCUCAUUCGUACCACGUGUUGUUAAUGGUCAACGAUCAUUUGAAUUUCAAGAAGGCCCAUUAUAUACAUCAUUGAAAACAAAUCGUCGAAAUACAGUUAUUCUACUCGAUGAAUUAAAUUUAGCACGCAAAGAAUUAUUAAAUCAAUUGAUGCCAUUAUUUGCUAAUGAAAAUGAAUUGUUCAUACCAGCAUUAGCGAAAUCAAUUCCAAUCGAUGGUUCAAUUGUUGUAGCCGCUAUGAAUCCAGCAUCGAUUGGUGGUGGACGAGAAAAAUUACCUCGAUCAACUCAAGCACAUUUUAUUCAAGUUCAAUUAUCUACAUUUGAAGUACGUGAACUGAUGUUUAUUACAAUAUCAUUAUUACAUCCGCAUUUGGUUGCUGGUUAUCUAACAGAACAGUUAGUUGAAAAAAUCAAUAUGUUUCAUUAUGAAAUCAGUGAAAAGGCUCGAUUACGACAGAUUGGACGACUGGGUGGACCAUAUGAUUUUAAUCUUCGUGAUAUAGAAAAAUUAUCAAAAUUAAUUGCUGCACAUUCUCUUACACAUCGUGCUCAUAUGAAUCUUUCAGAAGGAGUCACAUCAACAACUACAAAUACAGUAGAUGAUGAUAAUCUACGUAAAAUUGAAGAACAAAACAUUAUUCGUAGUCUACAAGUCUAUCUUGACAUCGUCUAUGCUUCUCGAUUUGAGUAUGUUCAAGAUCAAGAUUUAGUUCGUGAGAUGAUUCGACAAAAGUUUGCAUUGGAUAUCAGUUCGACUACUACGAUAGUUAAUAAUCGUAAAGAACUUAUUGAUAGUGAUUUAAAUCUACAGGGUUGUGCACGUCUUGGAUUUGUGUAUAUUGAAAAGAAAGAAUAUCAAUCAAUUUAUCGGCCUAUAAUUCAUAGUCAAAGAACAUUAGAAAAAUUACAAUUAUUAGCAGCAGCGACAGUUAGUAAGGCAACUGUUUUAAUCGAAGGCGGUGAUUGUUCAGGUAAAACAGCACUUGUCUGUGAAUUAGCUCGAAUAUGUGGACGACGGUUACUUGUUCUAAAUUUAAAUCACGAAACAACAACUUCAGAUUUACUUGGCUCAUGGACUGUGAUUAAUAAACAUUCAUAUGAAAAACGUCGGAAACAUAUCAGUGAACAAUUACUUAGUGAUAUUGUUCGUUUUGCAUUAGCGGUUCUAAUACCGUUAUCACAACAAUUUUAUGAGGUCGAACAACUUAUUCGAACAAUCACACGUUUAAUUCAUCAAUGGGAGCACGGUAAGUGA